UGAAAACUCUUUUGAUGCAAGACUUUAGAACUAGAGUUUUAGACUUUGUUUUGGUAAACAAUGCCCUAGUGUAAGACUUAAACAUGAAUUAGUCAAUCCCUGACAGUUUGAACGGUCUUGUUUUUAUCCAUUUCCUCCCUAUGCAGCACUGGCCACAUUACCUUUCCUUCUUAGCUGAGGGACUCGGCUAAGUCACCACAGAGGGGAGCACCGAGGCCAUUUGAGGCCUGAGCCUGGUCCUCAGGACUACACUCUGCCACUGCCAUCAGGCAGCCUGCCUCAGCCAUCACCACACUCCCCUGACAGGAUGAGUGCCCUGGAUGGUGUCCCUUUCAAGGUGCCCACGGGCUUUCUGACCAGCACAGAGCUGCUCCCUGGGCCAGAACUCAGUGUCCCAGCCUGCAGGGAGCUUCUGCUGGGCUCUAUGCACGACUUCGGCCUGGAGAGGAGGACCCUCUUCUGGGUGGAGGCUGUCACCCGGGGACCCUGCCAGUUCCAGUGCGAAGCCCCCGGGUCGGCGUCAGCCCCUCCAGCCUGGCUCUUGCUGGUCAGCCCGGCAUGCGGGCCGGCGGGCCUGCCUGCUGCAGCCACGGGCCCCGAGGCUGGACCCCAAGGGCAGCCGGAGGGACAGGAGGAGGAGGAAAAGGAGGAGGAAGAAGGAGCCAUGCCUGCCGAUGAGGACGAGCCGGGGCCUCGCAGCCCCCAGCCCAGCGCUCCCGGGAGCCCCAGCCCGGGCCGCCACCGGCGCUCGCUGCCCGGGCUGCGCGCCGUGCGGUCGGAGCUGGCGGGCGUGCGGCAGCGGCUCUCCGAGGGCAGCACGGCCGCCCGCCCGCGCGCCUUCCUGCAGCGCAUCCGCCACCGGGCCCGGAGCCUGUGCCCCAGCCCGGAGCCGCCCCGGAGCCCCGCGCCGCCGCCCCGGGGCCCCCGUGCGCCCGCCCCGGCCCCGCGGCCCUCCACGGCGGGCGCCGCGCCCCCGCUGCGGAGCCGCAAGCCCGCGGCCGCGUCCCUCAGCCCAUACACUUGCCUGCCACCUCUUGAGCGGGAGCCCCAGCCACGCCUCGCCCACAGACCGCACCCCAAUUCUGCGGACCUGCUGUCCGCCCUGAGCCAAGAGGAGCAAGACCUCAUCGGGCCCGUGGUCGCCCUGGGGUACCCCCUGCACAGGGCCAUCGUGGCUCUGCAGAAGACGGGGCGUCAGAGUCUGAGCCAGUUUCUCAGCUACCUCAGCGCCUGUGAUCGGCUGCUGCGGCAGGGCUACGACGAGGGCCUGGUGGAGGAGGCCAUGGAGAUGUUCCAGUUCUCUGAGAGCCAGGCAGGGGAGUUCCUGCGCCUCUGGGAGCAGUUCAGCGACAUGGGCUUCCAGCAGGACCGCAUCAAGGAGGUGCUGCUGGUCCACGGCAACUGCCGCGACCAAGCCCUGGAGGAGCUGGUGGCCUGUGCCCAGUGACCUCGGGGGCACUCUGCAAUGCCCGGCAUCCCAGACCUGUGCUCACCCUGGCAAUCCAAGUCUACAAAGCGAUGCAUACCCGUUGUAAAAAUGCAACAAGGCCAAGGUGGGAGCGAAUGCUAUAGGGGAGGCAGAACUUCCCCCAUGUUGGGUUUUCAGCUGGACCAAUUAACAAGAGAAAAGCAGUUAAUGAAUAUAUGCAGCACCCAUUAUGUGGGAGAACCCUCAGUGAAAAGUAGCUCAAAGCAGGGGUUUAGAACUCUGGCUUAUGUAGCAUCGACAAAGAGCACAUUUGUAUAGAGAUAACAAGACAAAGGAGAUCAGUUUAGCCUUCUAAAAAUGACAGACUUGGAAGGUACAUAUAUGGGAGGGAACUAAUGGAGUAAGGCUCCUUGCAGAUUCCUCUGUGCACCUCUGGAAGGAUAAGAAUCAAUCUCAAGAAAAAGAGAAUUUAUAUCCUGCCUUUAGACAGAAGAAGGAGAGGGAAGAGAAAAGCUUUUCCUGCAUUUGCUGCUUCUUAAUUGCCUUCAGCUAGAAAUAAUUUUUAUGUCAAAGAAGCAUAUUUUGGAUGACAUUCUGCCUCCGUUUAAUACCCAAAGGAUUGGCUAAAAGACUUGAAAGUGGUUACCGGUGGGGCGGGGCAGGUGGGAGGGGUUAGACAAGGAGCUGUGUUUUCUCAUACAAGUCUUGUAAAACUACCUUUAUGUGAGCCUUUAAAUUGUGUGCUUUGGUUUUCAGAAAAUUAAAACAAACAAGCAAAAUGAUGGGCAA